CAAAUAUUUUCACUACCUCAAUAAUAUCAAUAAUUUUAUUUGUAUCUAAUAAAUAUUUAACUAUUGUUUUUUCCAUAAAGUAUAAGUAUAAAUGUAUAAUAUAACCUAAUAUGUUCAUUCAAUUAUGUAUAAACUACGGAAUGUAAUUGAUCAUUGAUGCAAAAAAACUUUUUAUCCGUGAUUACAAUUACCGAUUUUUAAUAAUAUCAAUUGAAUUGGCGGGUAAUACAUUUUAGUGUCGUUCUUGUUGGGCCCAUACCAUAAUAAUAUACCACUUAAAACCUUUUUAUCUUUAAUUUGCCCGGACUACUAGCAUUCGUAGCUGCUAGAACUGUUUACAAUGUUGGAACGUCUGAUAGGAGUCGUUGAGAAUCCUGAUCUUUUUAGCCGUGGUCUGACCGGAAGUGUCGGACGAUGUGCUAAUGACUAAUGGUAAACUAUCGCAUGUGUUAUCUCUGUCUUACAAGUGCGUAACAUGGCAAAUUUUAAGCUCGGCAGAACACGUUUACCUUUGUUAAUUUAAAAAAUAGAGUAAAAAAUACAUCUUAUAAAAUCCAAAGACCAAAACUCAAGACCAUGAAUUAAUGUUACUUGUUAAAUCUCAAAUGUGCUGAAUUUCUGUGAUAUGGACAUAUUGUACUAUAACAUUGUUGUGUAAUAAAAUAAAUAAAUAAUGCACUAAUGCAGUAUUAAUUAUUAUAACAACAGCCGUGAUUAAUAUAUAUUAUUCAACAUUCAAUACCCAUAAUAGAUAAAUAAAAAUAUUAUAUUAGAUAUAGUUGUAUAGAAGAGAAAAUAAUACUUGAGUUUAUGACGAAAUUACGAACACAAUUACAACUUACAAGAUUAUUAUAAAUUAAGAAACCGAUUUAAACAAAUCAGAAUGUUGUUAACGUGUUCAAAAUAAAAACUAUAAUACCACAUUACUAUCUGCUACAGACAAAUCAAAUGAUUUUUUAGCUCAAAGACAGAAUAAAAACAGACCUGGCGGCAGACGAAAACACGUUGUUGUUCGCACAUCUAUCCCCACUACGGCUGCCACCACAAAUAUUCACUAUUACCGAAUAAUUAACUAAUCGGCUACCAGGUGGUCUGGCAGCGCCAAGCUCAGUUGCGAUGCGGUUUGGUUUUAUUCUGAAUAGAAAGUAUUAACUAAAAUGAAUUGUCGACCGUUCAAGUUGAUAACAUUUGAUAUAACUGGAACUUUAUUAAAAUAUCGAAGUUCCCCAGCUAUAGAAUACUCGAAUAUAUUAAAUAAAUAUGGCAUAGAAGUAAAAUUAUCAACUCUUGAGAACUUGAUUAAUAAAAAUUGGACUUUCAUGACAAAAGCACAUCCAAAUUUUGGCCUUUAUACUGGCCUUGAAUGGGAAAACUAUUGGAGAAUAUAUGCACAAAAUGUUUUUAGCAAAGCAUUUCAGAUAGAAAAUAUCACUGACAAUGUACCUCUGACAGAUAUAAUUGACGAAUUGAUGAUGACGUAUAGUACCGGAGAAACAUUUAAAGUACAAAAUGGAGCUAUUGAGUUAUUGGAGUAUUUGAAAAAAGAACAAGUACCAUUGGGAGUUUUGUCUAAUUAUGACCCAAGAAUUAAAUCUAUGAUAAAAAAUCUGGGUCUCUCUCACUAUUUUAAAUUUAUUUUGUCAUCUUAUGAAGUGAGGUCUGAGAAGCCUGAUAUUAAAAUAUUUAGAAAAGCAGAAUCAUUCAUUGAAAAGGGUUUAAAUCGUGAGUUAUUUUUGCAUGUUGGUGACUCAUAUUUGUUGGACUUUAAAGGUGCAAAAAAUGCUGGGUGGUCUGCAUGUUUAGUUCAUACAAAUAAAAAUAUAAUUGAACAGUAUCCAUGUGUGAGCGGUUGUAUAUUUGAUGAUUUUACAGCUUUAAAAAGGUUUUUAGUGACAUGCAAUGCAAAAAAAAUGUAUUCUGAACAAUAGAUAAUAUUUUAAACAUUAAUUGUAUCCUUUCAAUUAUGUUAGAACUAUGUUUUUUUAUCGGUUAAGUUUUUUUUUUAGUAAAUUUUAAAAUUUUAGUUGGGUACUUAUUUGUGACUAUUUUUUUGUAUUAAUUGUUAAAGAAUAUUUCUUCUUAAAUAAUUAUGAACUGUAUAGAAUAAAUGUAUUUAAACCUUUUGUAUCUUAACCUAUUCAUUUAUCAAACAUUUUUAGAUUAUAUAAAUGUGGGAGUAAAAUUUUUUUUUAGCUUUUAUAGUUGUUAUACGUUGUGAUAAUAUUGAUAUUUCUCUAUAUAAUAUUGUUCCCUGAUUUUUUUUCUUCAACAAUUAUUGCUUUCGUCUUAUUGUAAUCGACUAAACUAUAAUAAGUAAAUUGUAUUACCAAUGUAUAUAUGAAUAUAUUUUUAAUACAAUUAUGUUACCUACCUAGUUAACUAAUUUUAAAAAUAAUAUGUUUUAUAUUUUUUGUUAUUCCAAUUUGUAUAUUUUAUUAAAUAUUCAAAUGUAUACCUAACUAAGUUGUAUAAUUAAAUAUAUUUGUAAUUGAACAAAAAAUAAAAACAUUGUUUUUAAACUCCAGUAUAGAAAUUUCAUAUUCUAAAAUCUCUUUAUUGUAAUCAUUUUAUUUUUACAAAUUGUUUACACAUAUUAUGCAUUUUGUAUAUAUAUUUUUUUAAAUUUAACUGUAUAUAUAUGUAAUAAAUUUGUUUUCUAUUAAAAAUAAUACAUCAGAACACUGAUGAAUACUAAUUACUAAAACUCAACAAUAUAUAUCUACAAAUUUAGAAUUAAAUUUUUUGAUAGUUAGUACUUGACUUUUUACCAUUUUUCAUAACAAUUACAAAAAAAAUCAACGAGGGUCUUGGUUUUGAUAUAACUAUUUAGUCUUUUUAAUCCAACAAAUGUAGCUAUUAUUAUUAUUAUUAUAUUAUUCUGUAGGCCUAACACAUAAUAAAUUAUUAUUAUUAAAUUAUUCUAAAAUAAUAUUGCAAAAUUGACUAUAAUAAUAUAUAUUUUGCAUAUUUUUAAUACAAAUGCUGGAGAAUAAAAAAAAGUGUAAUAAGUUUUCUUUGGGAAAAACAUUGUAAGUUCCUUGUCCUUAACAUUUAACAAUAGUACGAUUUCUCAGUCAUCAUGAGCUUUGUUUAAAAUUUUGUUUGUAAUUUACAAAAAAUUAUUUAAUUUCUAGUUUAUGUACAAAUGAACAAAAUGUAUAAUUUUUCAAUAAAAACGAUAACAAUAUUUACAAAGAACACUUAUUCGUUUACAAUAAAUAUGG